AUACAAAAAAAAAACUAAAAAACUGAAAUAGGAAGAUAAGAAGAUAACUUACUUUCUUCCCUGAUGCGCUGGAUUCCCGCACACCCAUUCAUGAUUCACGCAGUGUCCUUGUUUGGACGCGGUUCUAGUAAUUUUAUGACACGUCUCACAAUGGUGCUUGGACGGGAACCUUGUUGGCAUUAUUGAAUUAUUUCGUAAGUGGGCUUCUCUAAAUAAUUUGAUCUUGUUACAUCACUGAUUUUUAAUUUAUAGGCUGGUACUGUAGUACAAGGUCAAACCCAAAAUUGCGGUAUUGUGAGAGUUUGAGAGUUUGAGAGUUUUUUUUCUCAAUUUAUUUUCAUGGAUAACGACGAAAGUGAGAAAUUGUCUAAUUAUUCGGCCGAAACAAUAGACGAUGAUGAACCACUGGAUCUGGAUAUAGAUGUGUUACUACAGCAUGCUUCCUGUCGUUUAAACAGACCCUGUAUUUGCGCUCGUAAAUUAACAAGAGGACUCUAUAAUGAAAUUUAUUUGCUACGUUUCGAAACUGGACCGGAUUGCAUCGCUCGACUCUCACGCGAACUAACUCAUCCUGCAUCAAAAUUUGCUAGCGAAAUUGCGACUAUGAAAUAUGUCGCUCAAAAUACUAAUAUCAGAGUACCGGCGGUAUACGAUUGGAAUGGUACUGCGCAGAAUCCCAUAAAAAACCCCUACAUUUUUAUGGAACGGCUACCUGGACAGCAUUUAUAUCGAGUUUGGUAUGAGUUAACUGUUGAACAAAAAAAGUGCGUUUUAAGCCAAAUUGUUGAGACAUUGUUCGAGUUAUGGACGAAAUGUCGUUUCGAAGAGAUCGGUUGUCUUUACAUGGAUGAACAAUCUUUAAGUGAUUCAUUUAUAAGCUCAGCGACGUCGACUUUCCGAAUAGGACCUGUUGUGAAUCCUUUAUUUUACUUUGAAGGAAGAGAUUCUAUUCCUAGUUUCACCGGCCCUUUUAAAAGCUUGCAAGAGUUUUAUGGCGCUUUGAUUCAAAAAGAGAAGGAAUUCUUCGAAAUCCAUGGUGCUCAAGAAUUACUAGGAAAAAAAAUAGAUUACGGAAUGGCAGUAACUAGAGUGAAAAAUCUAGUAAAGCAAUUAGACUUACUUCAAUCCAAGCUAUCUAAUAUUUUUGAUGAAUCAGCAGAUCAAAAACCCUUUACUCUUGUCCACAGUGAUUUCGAUGCACAGAAUAUGCUUGUUGAACGUUCCUCAACUAAUGAUAUCAAAAUUAUAGGUAUUAUUGAUUGGGAGUUUUCACGUACAGGUACUUUAUGGGAUCUAUGCAAAUAUCCAAUUUGGAUCCAAGAAAGAGAUGAGCUGUCCACCAGUGAUACAAAUUUGCAGGAGAAUCAUGAAAGACAAAAUCUAAGAGACUUUUUUUACGAUGAGAUGAUAGUAAAAUUGGGGAACAGAGUUGGACAGAUGCUGAAAAUGAAAGAACAAGAUAAGAGAAUUGAUGAAUUAGAAAAUAUGUUUACUUUUAUGAUUCAUAAGUUCGAUACUUUAGAGGGCUUAUUAGAACAUUUCUUUCAUCAUUAUGGGUCAGAAGCAAAAGCCAAUAUUAAACUUGCUGACCCUAUCAUGCGUUUAUUUUGGGGUCCAAAUCUUACCAAAGUUCAAAUUCCAUCUGAAAGAAUUAUCAAUUCAUAUUUGUUAUCAGUAGAUAAAUUAUCAGACACAGAAGUAAAGGUUCCUAAUCACUACGUUGCAUCAGUAUAUUGUGAACUUAAAUCUAGAGAUUAUAAUUUUUCUUGGCAACAAGCUUCUGUUAUAGCAUUUCACAUGAGGAAUAAUGAAUUAAGUCUAAAGAAAAAUUCGGCUAACAAGAUUAUUUCCCUUUCGAAAAUUGAAACAUAGAGCAUUAGAAAUUAGAGGUCAUUUUAUAUAUGAAGUUUUUAAAAACGUGAUUUUUUUAAGGAAUUUUACUUACAAAUAUUUAGCAAUACCUAAUGUAUUUUUUGAAUAAUAUAGCAAUAUAAUGUAUUAUGCAAUCAUGUUGUGAUUCUACUUUUUGUAUUGCGCUGAACUCUGUUGCUAGCUACUAUCAGAAAAAUUAACUGAACACUAAAAUUUUUCAUUACCCCUU